UGCGCAGACAUCCACAACCGGAAGUAGCGCGGGGCCAGGCAUGGCGGCGGCGGCGACGGCUGCCGAGGAUGUCCCGGCGACCCAAAGAGAGGAGCCUGUUCGAGACGAUGCCGCCGUGGAAACAGCUGAGGAAGCAAAGGAGCCGGCUGAAGCUGACAUCACGGAGCUCUGCCGGGACAUGUUCUCCAAAAUGGCAACUUACCUGACUGGGGAACUGACGGCCACCAGCGAAGACUAUAAGCUCCUGGAAAAUAUGAAUAAACUAACCAGCCUGAAGUAUCUUGAAAUGAAAGAUAUUGCUAUAAACAUUAGUAGAAACUUAAAGGACUUAAACCAGAAGUAUGCUGGACUGCAGCCUUAUCUGGAUCAGAUCAAUGUAAUUGAAGAACAGGUAGCAGCUCUCGAGCAGGCAGCCUACAAGUUGGAUGCAUAUUCAAAAAAACUGGAAGCCAAGUACAAGAAGCUGGAGAAGCGAUGAAAAACUCAUUCCUGUGGAACAAUGUCUUUUUUUUUAACAUGGAGGAAUGUUUUAUAAGACCUGAAUGCUGAGGCUGAUGAAUUGUCAAAACUCCUCAAAAGGAAACUAUGAUGGGUCGUCCCAGAAACGUCCCAACAUUGGAGUAAACUGGAGGACUGUGGCUACCCCUGAACUUCUUUGGAGGCAGUAUCCCUCAGAAACCCACACUUAAAACUCCUUACCUUUUACUUGAAUGUUUCAUCAUCCACUCAGGACAGAGAGUCUCUCAAAGUUCAGGAUAAACCUGGGCUUGCCAGUAGAAUCAAAUGAGAGGACCUAUUUUCUCUCACAGUGGUUGAUUACUACAUUAUUUUCUUAAUGGUUGGUUUUUGAGUUUCUGUGUCGAUGGUUGUUUUUUUCUAUUAAUGAUGCUAAUGUAUUGCUAAUAAGAUCCUAAAUUAAAAAAGGAAAACAAACUCGUUCUUUAUAGAUUGUCACCCUGUGAAUGUCAGUAAUUUACUUUUCCAUAACAUUGCAAAUAACAGAAAAUCUUUUUUUUUUAAGUUUUCUUAAUGUUUAUUCAUUUUUGAGAGAGAGACAGAGUGCCAUUGGAGGAGGGGCAGAGAGCGAGAGAGGGAGACUCAGAAUCUGAAGCAGUCUCCAGGCCCUGAGCCGUCAGCACAGAGCCCGAUGCAUGAACCAUGAGAUCAUGAUCUGAGCCAAAGUCAGACACUCAAUUGACCGAGCCACCCGGGUGCCCCAUCAAAUAGCAGAAAAUCUUAAAAUAAUUUUAGGCUGAGUGUUGUAGACUGAGCAGAAGCUGUGAAGGGAGUAUUUUGAUAUCCUGAUGUAUACGAUGGGUCCUACCUGUCUCUUUUCUGUGUGAGUCAGAUGUCUGGAGAUAGAUAACAUCUUGCCAUGUGCUCCCUUUGGAAAUGUGGUGAAGACAAAGAGUGUGUAUGUGUGCGUGCACAUACACUGUGGUUUUUGAGUUUCUGUGUCGAUGAUUGUUUUUCUAUUAAUGAUGCUAAUGUAUUGCUAAUAAGAUCCUAAAUUAAAAAAGGAAAACAAACUUGUUUUGUUUCUAGUACCACAGAGGUACUGGAUGGGGAGGUAGGGCUGCCACUCAUAAAGGAAAGCAUUUGUAAAAUAUCUUCCUACUUGUGCCUGCAGGGUCAGGGGGGCUCCUAGGGACCUGAUCAUCUCCCUGUUAGACUAAAGAUAUAAACGGAUGGAGGAUACUGACUGACCAGUCCAGUUUGGAAGAUAGGCAUCCUUAUUCAGAGUUGGGUGCUAGCAGCUAGGAAGAUGUCUGAGGUCCCCAAUUCCAUCUCCAAAAGAGUUCUUAACCCUGUUUCUGUCAUUUCCCAGUAUCUCUGUUCCAGACCGUCAUUUAUCAUCCGCCCCUCUGCACUAUUGCUGUGUCUCUUAUAACGAUCCCUCCAACCUUCUACACUGCUGCCAGAACAAUUUUUCUAAAAUGUGAAGUGGCCACAUUACCCCUCCUGCUUAGACUCCUUUAGUGACUUCUCAUAGCCUCUUUGAAAAAGCCAGACUUUUUUUUCUUUUACUUAGAAACCAAAAUUGUAACAAAAUACUUCAAUUCGCUUUUGUGUUUCUGAGGAUGAACUUGUUUAACGUGAUUCUCUUUGGUUCUUUAUUAAACUUUCUAUAACUUUUUCAUGUAAGAUUUGAAACAUUUGGCCAGAUAUAUAUCAUGACACAGAAACUAGUAUUUUGGAAUUGAUAUAUAUAGUGGACAAGCUACCCAGUUACAUUUAGGAUACAGGGUGCUCCCAAGAUAAAGCUGAAAAUGCUAAUUUUUUUCUCUGUGUGUGUGUUUCGUUGGGGGCAUGGGGUGUAAGUUCGUUAUUUUUUUCCCCAACUUUAUUGAGCUAUAAUUGACAUACAACAUUCUGUAAGUUUAUGAUGUGCAAUGUGAUAAUUUGGUAUUUGUACAUAUUGUGAAAUGAUUACCAUUUAGGUUAGCUAACAGCCUUCACUCCACAUAGUUACCUUUUCUGUAUGUGUGGUAAGGAUGUUUAAGAUCUCCUCUCUUAGUAACUUUCAAAUACAGUUGACCCAUGAACAGCAUGUGUUUGAACUGUAUGGAUCCACUUACAUGCGGCUUUUGUUAGAUAUAGUACUGUAUGUGUAUUUUUUCAUGAUUUUCUUCACAUUUUUUAUUCACUAGCUCACUUUACUAUAAAAAUAUAGUAUAUAAUACAUAUCAUAUGCAAAAUA